UUUUCUGUGAUGAUUUGAUGUUAUUUUGAUUCAGUAACUAAUAUUGCUUAACUGAGGCUAGCAUUAAUGUGAAGACUAUAUUAUCUGAGCUAUGUGCAGAAACUUUUUGACAAGAUGAUCUCUACUUUUUCUAUGACACUUUCCAAAUAAUAUUAACUUUUUCUGCUAUAUUUGUCACAUAAAAUGAAAAUCCAACCAGACAUCAUGGUUUCUUAUUUUUUAUUUAUAUAUAGCUCUCAAUGCUAUUCAAAUGUGCUUGGCACAGUACAAGUGGAUAUCACAGGUUAUGGUUUCUUGUGUUAAAAUAUACUUGCUCUCAGUGCUGUAUAAUUGUGGAUGGAACAGUCAAGUGGUUCAAGGAUCUGACUAGGCUAUAUGCCUCACCUUUGAAAUGCAUUUAUGGGAUGCAUCAUAACUUUUUCUCAUGAUUCAUGUAAACAUAGUUAAUGUGAAUGGACUACUGUUACGACCAGAGGGAGAGGUAGACAUAGAGAAGAGGUGAGAAAGAGAGUGGAUCCCAGACAGAGCUACGUUGAAACUAGGCUUGGACAACAUCACCGGUACCACCAUGCAAACUGGAGGGAGAGAGAUGAUAUCACAACUUUCUAUUUGACGAGGUUCCCCGAAGAUACAACGGAGAAGGAUCCUUGGGCCUAGUUCAAAAAAUGGGGGGAUGUGAGGGAGAUCUUCAUCUCCAAACAUAGGAACAAAGGUGGCAGGAGGUACGGCUUCGUGAAGUUCAAAGGGGUGUCCAACGAGCGCAGAUUAGAAAGACAGCUAGACAACAUCAUUGUUGGAGGACUCAAGUUGUACGUGAAUGUUCUAAAAUAUGGGAGAGGAAAGGCGAGGUAUGAAGAGCCCAGAGUCAAACCCAGGACACAGGUGGAUGACGACAACAAAGAAGUGGCAGCAGCUCGACAAAUGGCACCACAUUGCAGGGCAUCUUCAAUGUCAUACGCAAAGGUGGUGGCCACUAGCACAAUGAACGUAGGACAAUGGAGGCACCCACAUACUAGAACUUUCAGACCUGAUGGAUCAUACUCAUCGGUCCAGCUUGAGAUCCAGGUGGGGGAGAAGAAAUGGUACACUGAUGUAUGGGUGAGUCGCCUGAAGAAAUCAGGUAUAUUCGAAAGAGUCGAGGACGAACUCCUCUGGGAGGUGGGGACAAACGUGGUGCCGAAAUACCUAGGGCAUGAUAUGAUACUCCUCCUAGGUCUCUCGGAUACCAAAGUGGAAGAGCUCAUCAUCGAAGAAACCACACAUGGCUCAUCCCCGUUUUAUUCGUUGGAGAAAUGGAAUCCGACGAUGAGACUGAGACACAGACUGGUCUGGGCUCAGUGUUGGGGCAUCCCAUUAGAAGCGUGGGAUAUUGGACAAAUUCGAAAAAUCGUGGCAACAAUAGGGGACUUGGUAGAGGUGGAUGACGAUGUUGAAGAGUUGCGAAGGCUAGAUAAGGCCAGGGUUCUUAUCAGAACCCCAUGGAGACUUAUAUUCCAACCUACGGUUGAAGUUCACAUCAGCGGGGAGGUCCACAAAGUGCACAUCAUUGAAAAAAAUUGGAGUGAAGCCGGAAAGCGCAUUCACCAUUGUCGGAGCGCCAUCGGGUCGUCGAAAGAGAUCGAUUCUGACGACAGCGAUAACGGCACCCCGAAGUUGAAGAUGAGCGGAGAACCUGGAUUCCAUUACUCGCCCAGAAGCUUCACCGACGAACGCAUUGGUGAGAUCGAGUCCCAACAGCGCGCGACAUUGUCCAGCGGUCCUUGAGACACUGAGGACCCAACGGGUAACGACCGCGUUAGUUGGACACACUGCCCCAAAUACGAAACACGCGCGCCAGAUAUGGAAACUGGAAAAGUAACAGACCCUGUAUCGCGGCCCGUGCUAGACCCAGAGGCACUUUCGGGUGAAGACGAAAUCCGUAAAGCACAAAAACAGAAAAAAACAGGGGAGCAGAGGCAUGACUCCUAUGAUACGUGGGUGCUCUGAAAGGGAAGGUGCUGACCCUGCCCAUGGUCAAAAUGGAGUUGACCACGAGUGCCUCAACGGGUCACAAAUGCCAAUUAAUAAAGAGGCACGUGAUAUGGCAGUGGUUGUUAAUGGGCCCACAAUUAAUUUAGGCCUUACUAACCACACCACCGCUAUUUUGUCACAAAAUAACUGCAACAGCCCACAAUAUCACAAAUUGGAUAAUGGAAGCGCGUGGAAGGUGUAUUCAAGGAGCAGGGGUGCAGAAAGUAGGAGACCCAUAUAAGUGGAAAUGAAAAAUUAAUAGAAGCAGUUAAAACUUUAAAUAAUCAGCAACAGGCCUUCGUGGACAUGGAUACAACAAUUACAGGCUUCGAAGUACGCAAUACUCCCAUGGACACAUCACCCUUGCAACAUGGAGUACAAAAUAAAAAUGUGGAAACAUCACCAAACACUGAUGGAGUCAGCAUAGACCAGCUAAAGGAGACAACAUCUAAAUAGGAGUUGGCAAAAGAAAUGGGGGUGACAUGUGACACAGAUCAAGCUAUAAUCAUUGAUAGAAUCAGAGCAAUGGAGAACAGAGAUAGGAAGGAGGCAAAGACACUGGGAAAUAGAAAUAUUCUCUCAUGAAUAUCGUAUCCUACAAUGUAAGAGGGCUAGGGAGGGGGGUGAAAUAGGUAGCAAUCAGGAGGUUGGUCAAGAAACACCAAGUAGAUAUGCUAUGCAUUCAGGAGACUAAGAAGGAGCAAAUAGACAAUACCAUGUGUCAGGCUCUGUGGGGAGAUUCGGAAGUUAGUUGGGAACUAUAGCCUGGAACAAAUACAGUUGAAGGAUUACUGUGCCUAUGGAAUGAACAAGCUUUCAAAGUGGAACGGAGGGUAAAUGGAAGGGGUUUCAUUCUAUUGGAAUGAAUGUGGAGUCAUGAGACUCAAAAAGUUUUUAUAGUUAAUAUAUAUGCUCCAUGUGAUGUCCAGAGUAAGCAUGCUCUAUGGGACUCUGUCAGGCAGCUAAAAAAUCUAAGUCCCGAUGGCCUUUGGUGUUUACUAGGAGAUUUCAACAGCAUCAGACAUCCAUCUAAAAGAGUGGGUGUGUCUCAGAGGGGGGAGGAUGUCAACACUAUCAGUGAGUUCAACGACUGGAUAGCCAACAUAGAAGUAGAAGAGAUACCAAGUGCGGGGAGAAAAUUUACAUGGUUCAUACCAAAUGGGGCUGCUAAGAGCAAAUUAGACAAUUUUUUUGUUUCUCACGAGUGGCUCACUAAAUGGCCCGGAUGCACCCAACUCAUCUUGGAUAGAAAUUUUUCAGAUCAUUGUCCCAUCCUGCUCAGAUCCAAAAAUAUUGAUUGGGGGCCAAAACCUUUCGGGGUUCUUGACUGCUGGUUGAAGGACAAGUCAUUUGAGAGUAUAGUUAAGGAGUGCUGAACAAACACACAACCAAGGGGCUGGGGGGGCUUUACACUCAAAGAAAAAAUAAAAAAACUUAAGGAGAGAAUGAAGUUAUGGAACAGGGAGCAGUUUGGUGAUACACUCAAGAAGGUACAAGGGAUUGAGGCCUAUCUAAACAAGUUGGAAGACGCAAGCACUAAUAGACAGUUGUCCUCCCAAGAAUUGGUGAUCUACAAAAAGCUACUGGAAGAGUUGUGGUCAGCUGCCCAAGCCCAUGAGUCCUUAUUGAGACAGAAGACGAGAGCAAGAUGGAUUAGAGAAGGGGAUUGCAAUUCGCGCUAUUUCCACUUGUUGAUGAACUCUAACUGCAAAAAUAAUGCAGUCAAAGGAGUAUUUAUUGAGGGUUCAUGGGUAGAAGAACCGAUAAGAGUGAAAGAGGAAGUCCGUAGGUUCUUCCUGAAUAGAUUCAGUGAACCUGAGCAGGGCAGACCAGAUCUUAAUGGAAUCAAAUUUCAUGGCAUUGGAUAGCAGCAAAACGAUAUGUUGGUGGGGAGUUUUCAUGAGGAUGAAAUAAGGACGGUUGUAUGGGAUUGUGGAAGUGAGAAAAGCUCAGGACCAGAUGGAUUAAAUUUCAAGUUCAUUAAACAAUUUUGGAAGUUACUCAAACCAGAUAUCAUCUGGUUCCUUGAUGAAUUUCAUGCUAACGGGAUUUUCCCAAAGGGUUGCAAUGCAUCCUUUAUCGCCCUAAUCCCCAAGGUGAAAGAUCCACAAAACCUUAAUGAAUACAAAUUUAUGUCACUAAUAUGCUAUGUGUAUAAGAUUGUAGCCAAGCUUCUAGCAAGUAGAUUGAAAAAGCCAGACAUAAUAGAUGAAAGACAGUUUGUAUUCAUAGGUGGAAGACACUUGCUGCAUAGUGUAUUGAUAGCCAAUGAAGUGGUGGAGGAAGCAAAGAGGUGCCAAAAGCCAUGUUUGGUGUUUAAAGUAGAUUAUGAAAGAACAUACGACUCCGUCUUGUGGGAUUUCCUAUCAUACAUGAUGCGGAGAUUGGGCUUCUGCCCCAAGUGGAUUCAUUGGAUCGAGGGUUGCCUUAGCUCAGCCUCGGUUUCUAUAUUGGUAAAUGGUAGCCCCACAAAUGAAUUCAUUCCACAAAGAAGCCUUAGACAACCCUUAGCGCCUCUACUGUUCAAUAUUGUUGCGGAAGGCCUAACCGGUUUGAUGAGAGAAACAUUGGAUAAGAAGUUGUUUAGCAGUUUCCUAGUGGGGAAAAACAAUGAGGCAGUCAACAUCUUACAAUACGCUGAUGACACCAUAUUUUUUGGUGAAGCUACAAUGCAGAAUGUUAAGACAAUCAAAACCAUUUUGAGGAGUUUUGAACUUGCAUCAGGCUUAAAGAUCAAUUUCGCAAAAAGUUGUUUUGGGGCAAUUGGGAAAUCGGAUCAAUGGAGGCAGGAGGUUGUUGAAUAUCUCAAUUGUAGCAUGUUGUCCAUGCCAUUCAUGUAUCUGGGCAUCCCCAUUGGGGCAAACCCAAGACGUAGCCAGUUAUGGGAUCCUAUAAUUAGAAAAUGCGAUAGAAAAUUAGCCAGAUGGAAACAAAGACACGUAUCCUUUGGGGGGAGAGUGACACUUAUUCAUGCAGUCCUAACAUUAAUUCCCAUUUACUUUUUCUCAUU